AUGUAUUUUCCUCUUCUAAUGGAAUGUGAUGACAUCCCCAAUGAAAUGUCCGAAAUUCCUACACCGGAAGUUGAAAUGAGUUACCCGCAUCUACGUAUGAUUGCACCAAGCAUUCCAGAGUUUGAUGGGAAUGCAACGAUACCACUUAUCAUUGGUAGAGACUUAAUUGAAGCCCAUCACAUUAAAGAACAAAUCACUGGACCUCGUGGACAACCAUUUGCGCAAAGAACUGGUCUUGGUUGGGCAAUUAUUGGCGAAAUUUGCCUUGGGAGACUUCACAAACGAACUACAUUGAAUGUAAACAAAGUGUCUAUUCUCAACAAUGGAAGUGUAACUUGCAGCCAACUGUGUAAAAGUCAUAUUGAAGUGAAAGAGCAGAUGUCAGCUUCUAGUUACAUCAUUGGAAAUCGUGACUUUCAUUUCCAUGGUGACAAUGUCUUCAUGAAAACCCCUGACGAUGAUCGGAUUGGUUUGUCAGUAGAAGACAGGAUUUUCCUAAAGUUAAUGGAUACGUCAUUCGCUAAGGACAGGACGACCUAUGGACAGCACCUCUUUCCUUUAGGGAGAACCAUCUUGAUUUGCCUAAGAAUAGAACUCAGGCUCUACGUCGAGCUCAGAUUCUACACUCUUAGUCUGCAGAGAGAUCCCGAGAAAAAUGAACAGUUUGUGAAGCUUAUGGAGAAAGUUCUGAACAGUGGAGCAGCAGAAGUUGCACCGCCCCCAACACCAACUAGUUGUUGGUACUUACCUUUGUUUGACAUUCGACACCCAAGGAAACCGGCACAAAUCAGAGGCGUCUUUGAUCCGUCAGCUAUGUAUGGUGGAAUAUCCCUUAAUUCGGUACCAGACAUGAUCAAUAGCUUGCUCGGGAUCUUACUUCGCUUUAGGAAGGACGAAGUGGCCAUGGCAGCUGAUGUAGAGGUGAUGUUUUACCGAUUUCGUGUAAAUGGAGCCCACCGUAAUUUCCUGCAUUUCUUUUGGUACAGAGGAAAUAAUCCAAAUGACAUCAUGAUAGAGUACAGAAUGACUUCGCAUGUGUUUGGCAAUAGCCCAUCCCCAGCUAUUGCAUCUUAUGGACUUUUUAAGACAGUCGAACACGCUGAUCCUAAUGUGAAAGACUUUGUGAUUCACAACUUCUACGUUGAUGAUGGCUUAAUCUCAUUAUCUAAUGAAUCUGAUGCUAUUAGCCUUAUGAAGCGUACACAGUCAACCAUGAAAAAUGAGGGUCAGAUACGUCUUCACAAAAUCACAUCUAGCAAACUAGCUGUAAUGGAAGUAUUUGAUGUCAGUGAUCAUGGAGAACUACUUAGAGAAAUAAAUAGUGAUGACACAAUUCACAGAUCCCUAGGACUGUGUUGGAGUUUGGAAAAUGAUACCUUUGUGUUUAUGAUGCCUACUGAAGAGAAACCGUUUACUCGUCGUGGUCUACUUUCGACCGUUAAUAGCUUGUUUGACCCAAUAGGUUUUAUAUCACCAAUCACAAUAAGUGGCAAAAUUCUUCUACGAGAAUGUACACCUGAAGGAGUCGACUGGGAUGAACCUGUACCUGAAAACAAUAUUCUCAAGUGGAAAGAGUGA